AUGAGCAGGCGGGGAAGCCAGGGCCGGGCAGGGGCCGCUGUGCGGGAGCCAGCGCGCGGGAUCGCUGCUUCCGCCCGCCCAGCCCCGCGCCGGCGGGAGGCGACCCGCAGCUCCAGGCCCCGGGAGGCUUCUCCCCGCGAAGCCGGCCGAGGGGGCGCGGGCUGGGAGUCGCCGCGGCCGGGCGCUCUGGCGGCGUUUGCGCUCCGCAGCCGCGUGCGCGCCCCGCUCUCCCGGCGCCGUGUGGCUGCCCGAACCGCCCAGCGGCGCCUCGGAAGGGAGUUUCCAGCGGCUCCUUCGCUGCCGCCUCCCCGCCCCCCAUCCGGGUUCCCCUCGCCCCCCGCGAGGAGCUCCUCCUGCUCCUCCGCGUGCGCCCUCCGAGGGGCGCAGGCUCCCGCGCCCCCGGCUCCCCGCCCUCCCGCGAGACCCCGCGCCCCAGCGGGCGGCGCUUGCCGAGGGCAGGGGGCGGGAGGGGAGCGCCCGUCCGGGGGAGCCGCCCCCGCCGCCCUCCGCCGCCGCCCCGGCAGCCCGGCCUGCGCGCCUCCUCCCCGGCGCCCGCCCGCCUGCCCGCCCGCGGCGGCCGGAGCAGCGGCCAGCAGCAUGCUCUACUUCCAGAUGGUGAUCAUGGCAGGCACCGUGAUGCUGGCGUACUACUUCGAGUACACGGACACGUUCGCCGUGAACGUGCAGGGCUUCUUCUGUCACGACAGCGCCUACCGCAAGCCCUACCCGGGCCCGGAGGACAGCAGCGCCGUGCCGCCCGCGCUCCUCUACUCGCUGGCCGCCGGGGUCCCCGCGCUCGUGAUAAUAGUUGGAGAGACCGCGGUGUUUUGCCUACAACUAGCCACAAGGGAUUUUGAAAACCAGGAGAAAACGAUUUUAACCGGAGACUGUUGCUACAUAAACCCACUGGUGCGGAGGACUGUGCGGUUUCUCGGCAUCUACACGUUCGGCCUGUUCGCCACGGACAUCUUCGUGAACGCCGGGCAGGUGGUGACGGGGAACCUGGCGCCCCACUUCCUGGCCCUGUGCCGGCCCAACUACACGGCGCUGGGCUGCCAGCAGCUCACGCAGUUCAUCAGCGGCGAGGAGGCCUGCACGGGCGACCCCGAGCUCGUCCUCCGGGCCCGGAAGACCUUCCCGUCCAAGGAGGCGGCGCUCAGCGUCUACGCGGCCGUGUACCUGACGAUGUACAUCACCAGCACCAUCAAAGCCAAGGGCACGCGCCUCGCAAAGCCCGUCCUGUGCCUGGGCCUCCUGUGCUUGGCCUUCCUCACCGGCCUCAACAGAGUAGCCGAGCACCGGAACCACUGGUCGGACGUCAUAGCCGGCUUCCUGGUGGGGACAUCGAUAGCCGUGUUCCUGGUGGUGUGCGUGGUGAGUAACUUCAGGGGACGACACCCCGAGAGCGAGCACGCCCGCCCGGCGGACCUGGCGCACGCGCCGAUGAUCAGCAUCCCGCGGGUGGAGAGUCCGCUGGAAAAGAACCACAUCACCGCCUUCGCGGAAGUCACAUGAUACGGAAGCCGCCGGGGUUUCCCUGCACUGGACGUCGUCCCUUUUCACCGUCCAUUCCUAACACCCAAAGUUUGUCCGACUGCAGAAGGAGUUUCUCAAGUUGUCUAAUGAUUUCUAUAAGUUUAAAGUCAGUGUCAACGUGUCCGUUUCCCCCACUAGACUGUGAGCUCCUCAAAGGCAGGGCCGCGUCUCUCUUCUCCGGGUCCCCGGCACCUACAACAGCCUCGCACACAGUAGGUGUUCAGUUAACGUGGGAGGCCCGGGCGAGCCCCUUCAUUCUGAAAUAAAACACCCACUUGAGUUCUCAUAGAACCCCUGGGGCUGAGGGGCAAAGAAACCGCUACACACACAAGUCAGAUCUGUCUGAGAAAUCCCUCCGUUCGGGGCUAGUUACGCUUUUUAACUUUUCACGUUAAAAAGCUGAAGAGGAGGCCCCCCUUCCGCAGUUCGCCAUCUUUCCUGUGAAGUGGACUUCGAACGUCCCGGGGGUUUUUACUUUAUUCGUCCGCACGACACGAUGGCCACCCUGGCGGAGCUCCGCGUGCGACACGACUUUACUUUUAGAAAGUCUUGUUCUCUACGAAAAUCCUGUUUGCACACAGUAUUCCGCUCUAUUUCCCUGAAAACACCAUCCAUUCUGUACCUUCUAAGACUGGUGCUUCUGCUUUUGAAGGGGGAAAUGCCAAUUUGUACUGUAAUAAGUAAUGUAUCAUAAUUAAAAGCUAUUUAUUUGGA